CCUCCGAUCCGGAGAGUACCACUAGCACAACAACUCUUGACACUACCUCGACAACGGAUAGUACCACUAGUACAACAACUGAGACUACUAACUCAACAACGGCAAGAACCACUAGUACAACAACUGUUGCUACUACCUCAACAACGGCGAGUACCACUACUACAACAACUGUUUCCACUACCUCAACAACGGUGAGUACCACUAGUACCACAACUGUUGCCACUACCUCAACAACGGAGAGUACCACUAGUACAACAACGGGGACUACUAUCUCAACAACGGAGAGUACUACCAGCGCCUCAACAACAAGUACCGCAACAACCGCGACUACUAGCACAGUGACGGCAUCCACAAGCACUACCACGACAGAGAGCACUACUACAAUGACAACAACGACCACUACUACAAUGACGACAACGACCACUACGGGUUUACCAGCUUUCUUGAACGUCCAACCUGGUACUGUUCAUGGUGUUUGGAAUACAUUCGCCGGUGGAAUCAACACACUAGCGACAGAAAGCAGUACUGGAACCGGUACCUACUUUACGGGACAAUCUCCAAAUAAUCUGUUCGAUGAUGACCUUAGCACCAUAUACUCUGCUCGUGGUUAUUCUAGCAGCGGAGCAAAUUUAUAUGCUGGACUCGGUACUGGUUUUUAUAUGACUGUUGCUCAAUGCCAACCCGUACUUCUCGGAUUUCAAUUUGGCCAUGCGUACAAUUUGUCAGAGUGUGAACCACUUACGGUUACAGUCGAAGGGACCAACUGUGCCAAUUUAUUAACUUGUUCGAAUUGGACUUUGCUCUACUUUGGAUCGAUAGGUCUUGAGAUCCAAGUAGAUAGUUUACAAUAUGGUAAAUAUCAGUCAAUUUCGAACAGCGUUAUUUACAAUAACUAUCGUUUUCUUACUACAAGUAAACGAAAUUCAAGUGAAUUCAUUAGCUAUAGUGAAGUGCAACUCUUUGGUUCUUCCAGUCAAACAUCUAGCCAAACCAGUGGAGCAAAUGCAACGUCUUUGUUGGUUGUCCAAUCGGGAUCUGUACAAGGUAUAUGGAAUACAGUCGCAGGUGGAAUAAGUACCAUUGCUACAGCAAACGCAUCAGGUGUAGGAACAUAUCCUAGCAAUGAGUCGCCAGAUACUUUAUUCGAUGGCAAUACCAAUACAGACUAUAUUAGUCGUGGUAAUUCAUCGGGUGGAAUCGAUGCAAUAGCUGGUCUUAAUACUGGAUUUUAUCUAACGAUUGCACAUUGUCAACCAACCCUUGUCAAAUUUCGCUUUGCUACUGCUUCUAAUGAAUCUAGUCCAGAUUGUGAUCCAACUGAAAUUACAGUACAAGGAUCCAAUUGUAAUACUUUGAUCAGUUGCACUACUUGGGCAACUAUCUACACUGGCCCAACAGGUUUAGAAAGCGUUGUAAAUCGUUCUACGUAUGGACCUUUUCAAAAUAUAUCAUUGCUUCAAACCUACACAAGUUAUCGGUUCCUUGUCACUGCUAAGAGAAACGAUAGUAACGCUGUUGCUUAUAGCGAAGUAGAACUGUAUGGUUACUAG